AUGACAGAACCAACUGGAAGCGUCUCGGUGUUUCCGAGGCGCAGGAGAGGAGAGGACAUGGCAGAAGUCAAGGAACCUGUCGAGCUGACGUAUGAACUUGUGUCUCGCUUCUUCGAGAUGAAGCAGGAGGACGCUGCCCAGCAAUUAGGCUUGUCGCUUACGAGCUUCAAAGGCGCGUGCAGACGUCUCGGGGUCGUAAGGUGGCCGUACAACAGGAAAUACAACAGCAAGCAAGAGGAAAAAGAGCUGCAUCACUCUUCUUCUGAUAGGUCUGAAUCAGCAGACAAUGACUCAAACAAUCGCUACCAAGGAGACAACGAAGCCUCGUACAUGGAGCUGCCGAGACGGGAGAUCGGCGAUGAGAUUGCACAGCAUGCUCUCAGCGAUGAUGCAGCAACUGGCGAUCAUGCCAAGGUCAAGAAAAAGAAAGUCAAGCGCGGGAGAAUGCGGGACUCUUCUGCAAUGGAGGUUGAUGCCAAUGAAGGGAAUGUACAGGGAAAAGAUUUUGUAGAUAGCUGGGAGGAAAGUGACGGAUCACAGACAAACAGGGCAUCUCAUACCGAGGUUGUCAAAGUCGAAGAAGAGCUGUAUAUGGAAAAGACUAUAUUUGACGAGGUAAUUGAGCACGUACAAGGAAAAUAA